AUGGUCGACAUGGAUACGCCCAAGGAUUCGAUGACAAGGGAGAAUAAGAGAGGCAGCGAUUGGUCAAAGCUUUGUCCCGGCGUCUUGCGAAAGAUCAUGGAAACGUUAAGCCCUCUCGACUCUCACCGAGCAAAACUCGUCUGCUUAGGGGAAACAUGGCUUCCUCCGGGUGGUUCGAUGCAAAAGAAGACGAGAAGAUUUACACAUUUCGGGACCAGUUGUUUAUCUCGUUACCGAUACAGGGACUCUUAUUGUAUGACUAGCUACUGGAGUUGGCUCCUGAUGGCUGAUUCAUACUACGAUCUCUUUCUUUUUAACCUGUUAACGCGCAAAAGGAUCAGUCUUCCAUCAAUAUCGGCGAUUCUUGAUGGGACUGUGAGAGUAGAAAGACGAGGCUGGAUAAGCUCAGCUGUUCUUUGGAUAGACGAGGCAACAGGUUCUUACUUCGUUGCUUGUAUUUUCAGACAGCGCUACUUGUUCUCAAUCAGUAACGGAGAUGAGUCUUGGACGAAUCUGACACUUCAAGACAGUGUUUCGGGUCUUCUUGAUGCGGCUUACAGGAACAGCAAGCUUUAUGUGUUGACAACUGAUCAGCACAUCAAGAUUUUCGAUUUCUCUAGAGAUUUCAGUAGAGAAGGAAACCCGUACCGGAACCAUCCGUUUUGCUUCGACGAGAAACCGUCGGAAUACGUCUGUGCGAGGAAGAUAGCGAUUGAGGAAUCAGGAGAGGUUCUUGUUAUCUUGAGCUUAAAAGAAGUGAUUGAACACAAAGAGAAGCUUUUGUUUUACGUAUUCAAGAUGAAUCGUGAGAGCUUAAAGUGGGAAAGAGUAGAUUCUCUUGGAGACGGCGAGAUGUUGAUUUUUGGUCAUGGGGUUUCGGUAAAAGCACCGGUUAGAGAUUAUCUUGGUAAUGGUGAUGGAAGCAAGAGUGGUUCAAUACUGUUUGUUAAUGAUGAUGUUUGGUCAGAUUAUCAAGAUCAUAAUUGUGGUGUUUUUGAUAUCGCUACAGGAAGAAUCAAAUGGCCCAAGACAUCUUGUUUUUAUAUAAACAAUUCUCAGUGGUUUGUUCCAGGAGUUGCUUAUGAUUAG